GGAUGUGAUAGCGAUGUCAGCUUCAACCACCACCAAAAGCAAGGGGUAAAGGCCGCCAAGUUUUGGUGCGUGCCUCGGUGCCUGUGCUUCAGCGGUUCACGAACAGACUAAAGGGAUGAGCCUGAUAUUACGAAGGGUCUCUUCAAGCAUUCCUCAAGUUUUUGGAUUUGCAAGCAGGUCCUUCACGUCCCUGAGAUUGCCUGGGGAGUCCUUCGGUUCCUCUUCCUCUCCUUGCCUCACCCAUGGCAUCCAUGUUUUUCAAUGCCUAGAUUCGGUUGGUAUUGUUGCCAAGCUAUCGGAUUGCAUUUCUUCGAAAGGUGGAAAUAUUCUAGGGGCUGAUGUUUUCGUGCCCGAAAACCAGAAUUUCUUCUAUUCUAGAAGUGAGUUUGUUUUUGACAGAGUUAGAUGGCCACGGGCUCAAAUGGAUGAGGACUUUCUCAAGCUAUCAAAAAUGUUCAAUGCAAAGACGUCAAUUGUCAGGGUGCCUGAUCUAGACCCCAAAUUCAAGAUUGCUAUUCUUGUUUCCAAGCAGGAGCAUUGCCUAACUGAUUUGUUACAUAGAUGGCAGGAUGGAAGAUUUCCAAUCGAGAUAACUUGUGUAAUAAGUAAUCAUGAAAGAGGCCCAAACACACAUGUGAUUCGCUUUCUUGAUAGAAAUUGUAUUCCUUAUCAUUAUUUGCGCACGACCAACGAAAAUAAGAGAGAAAAGGAGAUAUUGGAUUUGGUUAAGGAUACUGAUUUUUUAGUACUUGCCAGGUAUAUGCAGAUAUUCUCUAGUAACUUUUUGCGUGGCUAUGGGAAAGAUAUAAUUAACAUUCACCAUGGCCUUUUGCCAUCAUUUAGGGGUGGCCAUCCAUCUAAGCAGGCUUUUGAUGCAGGUGUGAAAUUAAUUGGUGCAACUAGUCACUUCGUGACUGAAGAACUUGAUGCGGGGCCUAUUAUUGAACAGAUGGUUGAGAGAGUUUCUCAUAGAGAUAAUUUGCAGAGUUUUGUGCAGAAAUUAGAGAACCUUGAGAAGCAAUGCCUUGCAAAAGCAAUAAAGUCAUAUUGUGAGUUGCGGGUGUUGCCUUUUGAGGAAAACAAGACUGUAGUAUUUUGAGGUGAACAGAUGGAGACAAGCGGUUGAAAGAAGUUACAUUUUGCUUGUGCAUUCAGUUUUUCAUUACAAUUUUUCAGUCAAUGUAUUGGAACCACUUUGUAGAAAUAUGUUUAUAAAUAAUCCACAGGUGAAAAUCAUCGAGUAAAAUUCAACUUUUCAUUUUUAA